AUGGGCGACGCGCACGAUGACACGUCGGACGCGCCCAUGAGAGCCGCCAUCGAGUACGACAACGGCAAGACCCUCAUGGCCCGCGGACCCCAGGCGCUGCACGACCACGUCGCCUCCCGAAUGGAGAAGGCGCUCGGCAAGAACCUCCCGCAGAUGGAGGUGCGCUUCAAGGACGUCUCCAUCUCCGCCGACGUCAUUGUCAAGGAUGAGAGCAACGUCAAGACCGAGCUCCCCACCUUGGUCAACGUCCUCAAGUCGAGCAUCCAGGAGAUGCGCUCCAGCAAACACGUCGUCAAGAAGCAGGUGCUCAAGAACGUCAGCGGCGUCUUUAAGCCCGGCACUAUCACGCUCGUGCUGGGCCAGCCGGGAUCGGGCAAGUCCUCGUUCAUGAAGCUGCUCAGCGGCCGCUUCCCCAACGACAAGAACGUCACCGUUGAAGGCGAACUGACGUACAACGGGAUCGCUUCCAACAAGCUGACCAAACAGCUCCCUCAGUUUGUAUCGUAUGUCAACCAGCGAGACAAGCACUACCCGUCGCUCAGUGUCAAGGAGACGCUCGAGUUUGCGCACGCCUGCUGCGGUGGAGGCUUCUCCGAGCGCGAGGCCCAGCACUUGGCUGGUGGUUCCCCCGAGGAGAACAAGGCCGCGCUCGACGCCGCCAGGGCCAUGUUCAAGCACUACCCGGACAUCGUCAUCCAGCAGCUCGGACUCGACAACUGCCAGAACACCAUCGUGGGCGACGCCAUGACGCGCGGCGUGUCCGGCGGAGAGCGCAAGCGCGUGACCACGGGCGAGAUGGAGUUCGGCAACAAGUUCGUCAUGAUGAUGGACGAGAUCAGCACGGGCCUCGACAGCGCCGCCACCUUCGACAUCAUUACCACGCAGCGCAGCAUCGCCAAGAAGUUCCGCAAGACGGUGGUCAUCUCGCUGCUGCAGCCGUCGCCCGAGGUCUUCGAGCUCUUCGACGACGUCGUCAUCCUGAACGAGGGCCACGUCAUGUACCAUGGUCCUCGCGCCGAGGCGCUGGGCUACUUCGAGAGUCUCGGCUUCAAGU